UGCACUACGUAGCGGCUACCAACGCCUUUCCCAUAAACAAAAAUACACGGCUUUCUUACAAGGAUGAUUUAUUUGACAUUUACCCUACUUUUUGCUGGACUUUCCGCUCUAUGGAUGUUUCAAAAGAUAUUUUAUCCUUACUUUUGGGAUGACUUGAUGUACUGUUUAAAGUUUCGAAAGGUCGGGAAAGCGAUUAUGGCGAGGAUGAAAUGUGGGAUUAUCACCUAUCUCGAUUGCUUUGUUCACCAGGCAAGGAAGACCCCCGAAAAGCCUUUCAUUGUUUUUGAAAAUCAAGUUUUCACUUACAAGGACGUGGAGAUACGGAGCAACAAAUUCGCAAACGUUUUCAAAACUGAAGCUGGCUUAAAACAUGGUGACAUUGUUGCUCUUUUGAUGAGCAACGAGCCUGACUUCGUGUGCGUUUGGUUGGGACUGUGUCAGCUAGGCUGCGAGGUCGCGUUCCUUAACUUUAACACCAAAUCCAGGUCACUGCUGCAUUGUUUUCAAACCUGCGGGGCGAAUUGUCUCGUCGUAGGAUCAGACUUGAUCAAAUGCCUGGACGACAUUCUUCCAGCCCUGUUGGACAGUGCUAUUGAUGUCUGGGUGACGGCUGAAAGCGCCUCAUAUAAGAAUGUGCACACGUUGCUUGACAAAGCAGAGCUGGCCUCAGGAGAGAAGCCACAAGUAGACAUCCCACCACCUAACCUCUGCUCCACUUUCUUAUUAAUCUUCACUUCGGGUACCACAGGACUUCCAAAGGCUGCGCGCAUCAGUCACAUCAAAGCAGUGAUGAGCAUGGCCUUCCUACGCCUGUGUGGAGCCAAUGAGAAUGACAAGAUCUACAUGGCCCUGCCACUUUACCAUAUGGCAGCCUCUCUCCUGGGUAUUGGUGGAUGCAUUGAUUUAGGAGCUACAUGUGUUCUGAAGAAGAAGUUUUCUGCUAGCCAGUUCUGGAAGGACUGCAUCAAGCAUGAUGUCACAGUGCUUCAGUAUAUUGGGGAACUCUGCCGAUACUUGGUCCAUCAACCCAAGACUGGAGAAGAGAAGGCUCAUAGAGUGCGCAUUGCUGCAGGGAGUGGCCUUAGGGCAGAUGUCUGGAAGGAGUUUUCUCGACGCUUCGGGAAAAUCCAGAUACGCGAAGCGUAUGGCUUAACUGAGGCCAGCAUUGGCUUUGUUAACUACACCACUGAAAUCGGACCCAUUGGACGAGCCAGUUAUUUCAACAAGGUUAGUCUACCAUUUGAGCUUUUGAAAUGUCACCCAGAAACAUGCGAACCUGUCCGAACAAAUACAGGACGCUGUGUGGUAGUAAAUAAAGGUGAAACAGGCUUGCUGGUUGCCCCGCUCUCUUUCACCAACCCUUUUCUUGGGUAUGUGGGAAACAAAGCCAUGACUGAAAAGAAGUUGCUGAGAGAUGUCUUUAAAGAUGGUGAUGUGUAUUUCAACACUGGAGAUCUCAUGCUUCAGGACCACAGGGACUUUGUCUACUUCAAAGACAGGACUGGAGACACAUUCAGAUGGAAAGGAGAGAAUGUGGCCACAACGGAGGUGUCAGAAAUUUUAGGCUGUUUGGAUUUCCUGCAGGAAGUAAAUGUCUAUGGUGUCACUGUGCCAGGUUAUGAAGGCAGAGCAGGGAUGGCUGCUCUAGUUCUUAAGGAAGGUUGUGAACUGGAUGGAGAAAGCCUCUACAACCAUUUGCUACAGAACCUCCCUGCAUACUCCUGGCCCUGGUUUUUAAGACUCCAGACGUCCUUGGACGUGACCGAGACCUUUAAGCAGCAAAAAAAGGAGCUUGUAGAGGAUGGCUUCUGCCCACGCACUAUCCAAGAGCCACUCUACUUCCUGGACAGUUACAAGAAAACUUAUGUCCCUCUCACCCAGCAUGUAUAUGAUGACAUUGUUUCAGGCCAAAUAAGACUCUGAAUGAGUCAUCUAACAGCCAGAGAAAGAAUUUGGAGAAAUUGGUGUCUGCUUGAUGGUUUGUUGUUGUUUUUUUUCCAAUACAGGGAAUGAUACUGGGAAUUAUAAUUUUACUCUUACUUUUCAGGGUUUCAGUUUAAAAGCUAAUUUAUUUUUGUUUUAAUAUAUUAACUUUGACUUUAAAGGCUGAUAAAAUGUUUAUCGGCAUUUUAAUCGAUAGUUAAUUCAGCAUCUUCAGGCAGGUUCCCUGUAGGUUUUAAGUCAAAUAUACUGCUUCAGUCUUUCUUUAGUUGAUUUUAAAAUGUAUUAGUGUUUAACUGGUGCUACCUGCUAUGUAAAUACUUGUAAUGCUACCUUUUGUAAAGAACAAAUAUGGGUAAUUUUAUAGUUUGUUCUUUUUAUGUUAUGGGCAUGAUAUGUGCAUUAUGUUUUUCAAUAUUUUUUUGAAGUGAACUGGUAGUGAAAAACUCAUCUUUUAUACAGCAUGGAUUCUAGCCUGGUCAUUAUUAACAGGAGUUGAUUGGCUAGUUUCUUCAUGGUGGGUGUAUUUUAUUAAAGUAUAAAAGAUCUGGACAAGCAAAAAGAAAUGCUUAAAUACAUCAUUUUCAGAUCACUGUUUUUAAAAAGGUUAAAGUUAAAAAGGGUUUACUUGUACUGAUUCAUUUGUAAGUUCAAAUCUUAGUAAUUCACAGUUGUUUACAUGAAAAGAAAAACAAUCAUAAAAUGGUACUUGCAAACAGGAUACAGUCACAAAAUGCAGAUAUUACUGAAGGGGCAGACAACCUCACAAUCAGUUAACCAGCAGAUAAUCAGGCGAUAAGCAAACAGCAGGUAGGGUUAUCCAAAGAAGAGAUUGGACAGAGAAGGCAAUAAGAAACUAAGUGACAUAAUACUUACAGCAAAAUACAAAAGACUUUGCAAAAGGUAACAAAUGGGGCUUUAAAUAAGGGAAGACAAUUAGAGACAGGUGAGGGGGUGUGGCCAGUGAUCAAAAGGCAGUACUGGAAGGUGGGUGGAGACCAGUGGGGGAAUUGACAAUUAUGCAUACAUUUCCAGAGCUGUAUAAAAGAAAUUAUAACUGCUGUAACUUCUUUUUGCUGCUAAAUUUUGAAAUUUUCAUUCCUGGAAAUCUGAGCAUUGGAUUCUAUUAUGUUUUUGGAUGAAUUGUUGGGACAUAUUUACAUUUGCAAACAAAUAUACAUUAUACAUUACACUAUGAACUGUAACUGUUUUUAAAGUGCAUCAGAACACUGUUGGCCCAUCUUAGUAUUAAAUCAGGGAGCAAUGUGUUAAAUAAAAUGUAAUAUAGGCUACUAGGCUUUAUUAGAUCAAUACUGCUGAAUUGCUUAUGUUUGUACAGUGACACAUUUGCAAGUCUUUGACAGGUUUUCUUGUUUUUAGCCUGAACUCCAACCCAGUAAUUUUAAAUGAUACAAUGACUAGAAGGUUAAAGUGGUUUUGAAACAAUGACUAUGGGGUUGUUUUUUAACUUUAUAAUUUCUAACUUUGUCUAUAUCACCCCAACCUUUGGUUGAGUGCUGAAAAAACAAAACCCAUUGUCCUACAAACUGAACAGUGAAUCUUGCAUUAAAAAAACAAAA